UUUAGUUUUAUAUAUAUGAUAAAUUUACAAAUUGAAAAAUAGUUUUCUUUUACAGAUAUUUGAAUUUCAAUUUGAAAUAAAUUAACCAAUGACUUAACAAGGUAGGUCAUGAAUUUUUUUCCUAACCAAGCAUGAUUUCGUCCAGGAUUUGAGAGAAGGGCUCGGUCCGUAAGUGGCCCCCGGACCUGACUUUUCCCCACCCGCCCACGGCCGCGCACGCGCACGCGCACGCGCACGCGUCCUCUCCUCCACUUCCAGGCUCCUCCCCCUUUCCCAACAUGGCGGCGGCGGGCGGCCACGCGCCCUGUCCCUUCGACUUCCGCUCGCCCAGCGGCCACUUUGUGCAGUGAUUGCGCGCGCGUGUUCUUUGCGUUCUUUGUUGUUUGUGUUGUUUUUUGUUGGGUUCCCCGAGACAUGAAAAAGAAGCUCCCGCAUUCCACGCGCGCGGCGAGAAGAUGGCAGUGAACUUUGGAACCCUUGACGAUGGAUCGCCAAGAUUGCGGAGUGACGAGCUGCAGGGAGCGCGAGAAGCUGCCGCCGAUCUACAGCGUCCCGGCUCGCGGCUCCAAACCUCCGUUGCCGUCUCCGGGCACCCUCGUCGACACGCUCAACCACAGAAGGGGUCGGGUUAGAGACGCCGACACGCCCGCCACGCCGCCGGGACUCAAGCACGUGCGGGACCUUCCCCCGAUCGGCGGCGGCCCCGCGCGCCCGAAGCAGCGAGCGUCCGUCGACACGCUGCCCCCGAAGGUCAAAGCGCCGUUCCCGUGUGAGCCCGUCAUCCCGCUGCGCACCAAGACCGCCAAAGAAUUCCUCGAGGAGGCCGAGCGCGCCGCACUGUCCGGCGACUGGCGCGAGGUUCGGGACUUCUACCUGACGACCUUUGACUCUUUCAUCGAGCUCAACGCCGCUUUCAAGCGGGAGGCCAACGCCCCCUUCGACACCAUCGAAGACUCGGGCGUCGACGGCGAGUUCGUCAACGCCGUCUACGACGCGCUGCUCCAAACCCCUGCGGACAUCCAGAAGUCGGUGCUGAAGGGAAUCAUCAACAGUCUUCUGCGGGAGUGGAAAGGGCCUCGGACUAAAGACGACCUGCGCGCUUACUUCAUCCUGGUUCAGAACCCUCAGUAUUCCAGCACCGGCACGUACGUGAUCUACGCUCACCUGUUGAGGCAGAUGGCCGCCCUUUCCGAGGCCGAUCAUCACUUCCUGGCGCACUGGCUGAAAAAGUUGUCGUCCCGCCGCUUCCGUCAGCCGGUGGAGCGCCUCCUGCAGUUCAUCUCCGCUCGACUUUUCCCGGCCGAGCCCGACGAGCUUCCCCCCGCCUCCAAGUGCGCCUGGUGGAUCCCGUCGGCCACCAAAGUGCUCGCCCUCUUCAAUGCGGCCAACAGCGUGUCGUCUCCUCCCAUCAUGCCGUUCACCGACUUCUACAACAUCGCGCUGGAGCACAUCGACUUCAUGGACGAGUACCGGAUCUGGCAGAGCUACGGAAACUCCAGCAGGUUCUCCUUCUGCCAGUUUCCCUUCAUCCUGUCCACGGUGGUGAAGAAGGCCAUCAUCCAGAAGGACUCGGAGCAGCAGAUGAUCAGCCAGGCCCGGCAAAGCCUGGUGAGCAAAGUGUCUCGACGUCAGCGCGUGGACAUGAACCUGGUCUUCCUCAACAUCAAAGUACGACGGGCGCAACUCCUCGCAGACUCGCUGGAUGAGUUGAGCAGGAAGCGGUGCGACCUGAAGAAGAAGUUACGCGUGACGUUCGUGGGGGAGGCGGGGCUGGACAUGGGCGGGCUGACCAAGGAGUGGUUCCUGCUGCUCGUGCGCCAGAUCUUCCACGCCGACUACGGCAUGUUCACGUACACGGAGUCUCGCUGUCAUUGGUUCAGCAGCUGGAAGUGUGACAACAACUAUUCGGAAUUUCAGCUCAUUGGGACCGUGAUGGGCUUGGCCGUUUACAACAGCAUCGCUCUGGACAUCCGCUUCCCGCUCUACUGCUACAGGAAGCUGCUGACUCCGCCCACCGCACCGUGUGACCAGGACGCCUCGGUCGGCACGGCGACCGCCACCUUGGACGACCUGCGGCAGAUCAUGCCGGAGCUGGCUCACGGUUUGGACGAGCUGCUGAACUUUGACGGGAACGUGGAGGAAGACUUGUGCCUCACAUUCCAGGUGUGGCAGGAGGAAAUGGGCGCGGUCAAGUCGUACAACCUGAGGCCGGGAGGAGACAAGAUUCCUGUCACCGAACAAAACAGGAAAGAGUACGUGCAGCUGUACGUGGACUUCCUUCUGAAUAAAUCCAUCUACAAGCAGUUUGCUGCCUUCUACCACGGAUUCCACAGCGUCUGCGCGUCCGACGCCCUCAUGCUGCUGCGUCCGGAGGAAGUGGAGAUGUUGGUGUGCGGCAGUCCUCAGCUGGACAUGAGCGCUCUGCAGAAGGCGGCGCACUACGAAGGAUACAGCAAGAGCGACGCCACCGUCAGGAGUUUCUGGGAGGUGGUGCUGUCGUUCCCGAUGGAUCUUCAAAAGAAGCUUCUUCACUUCGCAACAGGAAGUGACCGCGUUCCCGUGGGAGGAAUGGCCGACCUCAACUUCAAAAUUUCCAAGAUCGACGCACCCACCGACUGGCUUCCCGUGUCGCACACGUGUUUCAACCAGAUCUGCCUGCCGCCGUAUCGCAGCAGGAAGGAGCUCAAACACAAACUGACCAUCGCCAUCUCCAACGCAGAGGGCUUCGGCCUCCAGUGACCCCACCGACGCCCAGGCCUCCCGUUGGGCGCCGGUGACGCUCGCGCCCCUUAGCGCUUUUUGUUUAGCUGCUUUUAUUUAAAGAGACAAUUUGUUAGUUUGCUUCUAUUGAAUGGCAUCAUUUGGAAGCACCUGAGCAAGUUAGCGCAACUAGCAAGUCAGGAGAUGUUAAUAGAGCUAAGCUAUAUGCUAAGGAAGUUAGCAGCUAUUGUGUGAAAUGUCGCUCGUCUAAAGUUUGUUUGUUGUUUGACAUUGCGGCGCGCUGAGACGCCACAGCAGCAGAAGCCUUUUGACUGACAGCUGUUAGAUUAAUAGCGACAACACCGACGCGUGUUAGUUUUAGCAUUAGCUUAGGAGUAGACAGAGCAGGAAGUGUCACCGAAGCACACGAAAAACUAGACAACUCGAACAGACAACUACAACCUAGCGACCUAGCAACAGCCGGCAACUGUUACCUGGCGAUGACUGACGAUGACUCGAACCUGAAGACAACAAGCGGAAGACGACAACCUGAAAACUAGACCCCUGUGACUACAACCUGACCACGACAACCGGACAUCUCGAACCUACCAACAAGAACAUGACAAGUGCUACCUGACAACUUCAAACUGAUGACUACAUCAGUGACCUUGAUGACCUUGACUCGAACCUGAGGAAUAUAAGAUGACCACUAGUAGCUGAUGACUCGAACCUGAUGACUUGAAUCUGACUACUGUAAGCAGACAACUAGGACCAAGGACAUGACAACUGCAAUCUGAUGACAAACCUGAUGCUUAGAACCUGCAGACUAGAACCUGAUGAAGACAAAAGCCUGGUGACUAGAACCUGACCAUUAAAAGCUAACAACUCGAACCUAGCACCAAGAAUAUGACAAUUGCAAUCGGAUAACAAACAAGAUGACUAGGAGCUGAUGACUAGAAUCUGAAUCUCAAUUUGUUGAUGUUUGACUUUGUGGCGAGUCAAAGAAAACAGAGCUGCAGCAGAAGCCUUUUGAUUGACAGCUGCAACACUGACGUGUGUUAGCUUAAGCACUAGCUUAGCAGUAGACAGAGCAGGAAGUGUGAGCUGAAGAAGUGCAAAUAAACCAGGAAGCGGUCAGGAACCAGUAAAGUUGUCCCUCAAACUGUGGCUGCGCCUCCGAUGUUCUGCUGGCCUGGUUUCCAAGGUAACGUUGGCAGCUUCCCAAAUCGGCGCUUGGCCAGGAGCCGAGGUGUCUAAUGUGGGUCGGAACCCCGCCCCUCCGCCGCCCGGAAUUUCCAAUGCCCCCGCUAACAACGAGCUCCUUUGUCUCGCUCACUCCAAAGUACCCCCCAAGUCUACAACACGACCGCCAGAAACGGAAGACUCGAACUAAAACUAAAAACUGGAGACUAGAAUUUGAUAACUCAAAACCAAUGACGAGAACCUGAGGAUUAGAAGCCGAUGACUAGAAAGCGACGGCUAGAAGACGGCCACCGCAACCUCAUAACUAGUACCUGGUGACUAUAAGACGGCUCCAAGAUGAUGACAAGAACCUGACAACUAGAAGCUGCUUACUUGAACCGUACAACUAGUAUCUGGUGACUAGAAGUUGGUGACAAGAACCUGACAAAUAGAUUGACUUUACUGGAACUGACAACUAGAAGCCGAAUACCGGAACCCGAAAACGGGAACCUGGCGACAAAAAGCUGCUGACCUGAACCUGGUAACUAGAAGUCAAUGACUAGGACCCGGCCACCAGAACUUGACAACUAGAAGCUGGUUACUAGAAUCCAACGACUCGCACCAGGUCACGAGGAGAUGUUCGUUUGUUCUUGGCGAAGAGGAGACAGUUGCGUUGAGGCUAGCGUGCGGCGCGUGUUCACUUCCUGUGUGGUGUCUUCUUCGUCGCCGUCGAUGUACAAUUUUGACAUUAAAAGUUUUCAUUGAAACUUAA